CUGACAGAAGGACGGAGCCGUGAAGUGUAGUGACUGCAGCGAGCUAUCGCAGGAAAGAUGCUGACCAAUAUUUCUAAUGUGCUGAGAGGUGGAGCUCAGAGAAAUGGGGCUGCUGUCGUCAUGUCAGCACGCACAUAUGCUGACUUCACAACCCAGGCUACCUUUGAAAUCAAGAAAUGUGACCUCCACAAGCUGGAUGAGGGCCCGGCCACACAGGUGGUUCUGACUCGUGAUGACGGUCUGAAGUACUACCGCACCAUGCAGACCAUGAGGCGUAUGGAGCUGAAGGCAGAUCAGCUGUAUAAGCAGAAGAUCAUCAGAGGAUUCUGCCACUUGUAUGAUGGCCAGGAGGCCUGUGCGGUUGGUAUUGAAGGAGCAAUUAAUUUGACAGACCACCUGAUCACUGCGUACCGUGCCCAUGGCUACACUUACACCAGAGGAGGGACUGUGAAGGAGAUCAUGGCUGAGCUCACUGGCAGAAGAGGAGGUAUUGCAAAGGGCAAAGGAGGUUCCAUGCACAUGUACUGCAAAAACUUCUAUGGAGGAAAUGGAAUUGUCGGCGCCCAGGUUCCCCUGGGUGCUGGUGUGGCUCUGGCCUGCAAAUAUUUGGGCAACAAUGAGCUGUGUGUAACUCUCUAUGGCGACGGUGCUGCCAACCAGGGUCAGAUUUUUGAGACCUACAAUAUGGCAGCCCUUUGGAAGCUGCCCGCCAUCUUCAUCUGUGAGAACAACAGGUACGGUAUGGGCACAUCAGUGGAGCGAGCCGCAGCCAGCACUGACUACUACAAGAGAGGAGACUUCAUUCCUGGUCUCAGGGUGGAUGGGAUGGACGUUCUGUGUGUUCGGGAAGCUACCAGGUUUGCAGCUGAUCACUGCCGAUCGGGGAAGGGUCCCAUUCUCAUGGAACUUCAGACCUAUCGCUAUCAUGGACACAGUAUGAGUGAUCCUGGUGUCAGCUACCGCACCCGUGAGGAGAUCCAGGAGGUCCGUGGUAAGAGCGACCCCAUCUCCAUGCUGAAGGACCGCAUGCUCAGUAACAACAUGGCCAGUGUGGAGGAGCUCAAGGAGAUCGAUGUGGAGGUGAGGAAGGAAAUCGAAGACGCUGCUCAGUUUGCCACCACAGAUCCUGAACCCCAACUGGAAGAAUUGUGCAACCACAUCUUUUACAACGAUCCACCCCUGGAGGUGCGCGGCACGAACCCGUGGAGCAAGCUGAAGUCUGUUAGCUAAAGUGGUUUCAUCACCCCGCCCGAUCUGUUAUAUGUAUUAACCCCCCCGCCUCUCAUAUACACACACACACACACCAUGUAAUGUACUGUAAACUAGUGCCUCAGACCCAGAGCUUAAAGAAUCAACAAGUGAGUUAAUUUCAGUGCUGUACAUGUUAACAGCAGGGACCACAUUCACAAAGAUGUUCUGAGAAUAAAAGCUAGCAAAGAUUGAUGAGAACACUUAAAAGUUUGUGCUAACUCCUCUUUACAUGACUGCUGUUGGUGUCUGCAUACAGACACAGUCAGAGAUACCAGGGCUCAUUAUUCUACCUUCACAUUUACUGCCAAUCAUUUUUGUACUGUUAGAGAAGCAGCUUCAGUGGUGCUACAUGAAUUAUCACUGUAAACUCAAAGCCUUACUGAAGGGAAAUAUCACUCAGACGGACGCGGCAGCACGUUGGAUAAUCAGAUGGUUUCAAAACAACCUCAAGUGCAUUUCUUUGUCACAGUUUCCAGAUUCUCAUGACAUUCUGCCACAUAUUUAUUUACAGUUUUUACAAAAAAUAUUGAACUACUGGCCAACCCGCCGCAUUGUAGAGCUUUCAUUUCAAGUUUAUUAAUUAAAAUCACCAUCCUUGAUAUUGGUGGAUUAUUCUAAGUCUUUAGCUCAUGCAUGAAGUACAUGCACCAAAAGAUAUAAAUUAAUACCUGUAAUUUUUAUUGUUAUUAUUUUUUGGUUUAGAGGGAUGUAUUUAAAGUAUAUCGGAUUGUCUUAACAUUAAGCACUUAUCGUGUUCAGAAGGUUUUGUCAAUCUGGCCCCAAGUGAAUAUAUUUAAGAUUCUAAAUGUCCUUGUUUGAUGAUUAUCUCUGGUCACUGUUGAGGUGAGGUUCAGCAAAUGUCCAUUCGUCACUGUUCAUCUCAUAAAGACACGGUCUGACCUGUAAAAAAAAUGAUUUUGUACUCUUUAUACUGAAGUGUACAUGACGAACCUUUCAGUUAAUAAGUUCAUGUCUUUUCUUUUUUUAAUUUAACCCCUCGUCACAAAGACACCAUGAAAGGCAGCAGGGUUAACACUGUUGUUACCGUCAACAUCCUCAAUAUGUCUCCAUGUGUUUUUUUGUUUCAGUAUGUAAGAGUAAAGAAUACCAAGGGAAAGGUUUGAACAUCGUAAUUUAUCUUGCCAAACCAAACAUGUGGCCGGCAGAUCUGGUGUUGUUUAGAGUAUGAAUGUGUCGUCUCGUGUUUGUGUCACACUCCAGGCCGAGCAGGCGAUUCUCUGCAUCUAAAACAUCAGGUGUUCGAAGGUUGAGUGCGUUUAUAUUCAUGUGGUUAUUUUGCCGACACUCAGGUGCUCUGGUGCCUUUUGAGUUUCAGAAACAUAAACUGUUCAUUUUCAUGCAUUUGGAGACGUUUUUGUUCAUAUUCUGAUGUACACAUGAGGGUAUUUAUUAUCCCAAAUAUUUACAAUCAAAAUGACCACAAGCUGAACCUUGUACGGUGAUUGUGAACACAUUGACGUUAAAGCGUGCGUGCACUCAUCAGCGAAGCGUCACGGUUCACAUGAUGUCGGGUCCAGUAUUGUUGGCUCAGCUGGGAGAGCAUCAGUAGCUUUAUGUGCCACUUGCAUGACUUUGCUUUUAACAUGCAGUUAAAGCAGCAGUGGUGCAUCAUUUGCUCAAAUGUACAGGGAUGUUUUGAAUUUCAGUCUGUUUUUUAUUUCUUUUGUCCAGUACUUAAACACAUUGUGAAAAAGACGUCUGCACUGACACCUCAGGUAGCAAAAAUAAAAACAGCCCGCAUGUCAACAUGUACCGCUAACAUAGCAUUGUGACAAUGCUUGUAACCCUUUGAAGGGUACCAGAAGGGAAAGGUGUUUUCUGUGUAAUGUGAUAAGUAUUUAAUCAAAUAAGAUGGACUAAAAUUUAAAAUGUCAGAACCUGUCGUUUUACAACUGAAAAUGCUUACAGAGUAUUUGUUGUAGUGGACUGUUACAUUGAGGGUGGAAAAUGACGGCAGGAGCGCUCCAUGGGAAACAUCUGCUUUGUGCGUGAAUUGGAAUAAACAGACUGU